GCUGUGUUCUCGCUCCCGACCGGCCCUUGCAGCCGACCAGGGCCAGGCGCGCCACCCUGGACGAGAAUAAUUCCUCGAUCGGGACCAGCCAGCCGUCCCUUCUUCAAGACCAAAAGACCUGCGUCCCAGGCCCUCACAACGAUCGCUUUUCCCUUUUCCUCAUUCAUUACUUCCUUUUAUCUGCAUCCAACUCAACCGUCCUUCUGUGACGCCGACACUCUUUCUUGCCCAAUUUUGCGAUCUUCCAAUCUUUCGAAUUCUCCCGCGCUCCUUCCUCCUAACGAGGCCACUGUUCCAUCCAUCACCAUUUCGAGCGAUUGUUUGCUUCCUUAGUGACGCAAUCGCCAAGUUCGCCAAGUCGGCUACCAACGACUCCAACGCAACAGUUACUUCCUGUUAUCCAUCACCAUGCGUCCCACUACAGCGCUUGUUGCCGGCGUCCUCGCCUCGGGCGCGUCGGCCGAGAACUACCUCGGCUUCAACUCUGGCGCCACCCUCGCCGAUCGGUCCGCCAAGUUCAAGUCCGACUUCCUUGCCGAGUUCAAGACGGCUCAGGGCCUUCAGAAGGCGCCGGGCAAGUUCAACGCCGUGCGCCUCUACACCAACGUCCAGGCCUACUCGGAUGAGCCGAUCGAGGCGUUCGAGGCUGCCAUGGAGACCGACACCAAGAUGCUGCUCGGUAUCUGGACGUCGGGCACCGACAACAUCGACAAGGAGCUCAGCGCGCUGAAGAAGGCCAUCGACAAGUACGGCAAGAAGUUCACCGAUCUCGUCAUUGGCAUGUCGAUCGGCAGCGAGGAUCUUUACCGUGACUCCGAGACGGGCGUCACCAACAAGGCUGGCGUUGGUGCCGGCCCAGAUGUCGUGGUCAAGUUCAUCGAGGAGUACAGGAAGUCGGUCUCCGACACCGCGCUGAAGAGUGUCCCCAUUGGGCACGUCGACACUUGGGAUGCUUGGACGAACGGCACCAACAAGGUUGUCAUUGACGCCGUCGACUGGGUCGGUGUUGAUGAGUACCCCUACUACGAGACUGGCAAGGGCAACGACAUCAAGAACUCGGGCAAGCUCUUUGACCGCGCCUUCAACGCCGUCAAGGGUGCCGUCGGCAAGAAGCCCAUCUGGGUCACCGAGACUGGCUGGCCCGCCACGGGUCCCGACUGGGACGAGGCCGAGGCGAGCGUUGAGAACGCCAAGUACUACUGGCAAGAGAUCGGCUGCCGCCAGCUCUUCAACAAGGUCCCCACCUUCUGGUACAACCUCCGUGACUCCAACCCGGACAACGAGAUGAAGUUUGCGAUCACCAACAACCUCUCGACCAAGCCCCUUUUCGACCUGACCUGCCCUACCGAGUUCGACACCCCGACCUCGAGCCCCAGCACUGGCGGGGCCUCCUCCACCGGCGUCACCUCUCCCAGCAGCUCGGCUACGGGUGGUGCCACUGACAGCACUGACGGGUCUGGCAACAACAGCGGCACUGGCACCGGCAACGACGAUGCCACCGGCUCUGGGACUGAGGAGGCGAACGCUCCUGAGGAUACCCCGAGCGACAACGCCGCCUUUGUGGGCAAGAGCCUCUCCGGGGUCGCUGUGGUCGGCCUCGCCCUCGUUGCUGGUGUUUUCACUCUGUUCUAAGGUGUUUAAUGGGCGAUGAUGGGUUGUGUGUAUGUACGCGGAUAUCGGAUACCAUUGUUGGGUAACGCACGUAUGCGGCUUUUGGGUUUUUUGUUGGCCUUCUUCGCGUCCUCUCCCUUCGUUCGCCGGAUCACAUCCCGACAGCUGGAUCUGUGAGGUUUAUGGUUGUGUAUGGGAUACUAUUAGACAAAGAGGGCGCACCAUAGACGAGAGCAACUGUUUCUGAUUUGUCUAGCCCCACCUUCUUUUGCUUCAUGCGUUGUGAGUUCGGUUCUGGUUCGGCCUGCUUGCUGCAGGUCGAGGUCGAUCCGAGUGGCAUCAACCCGCUUGGCUCAGCCUUUGCCGUCCGCAGAGUGAUCGCUGACCCUGGGGCGUCGCAACGGUUGCGGCUGCACAGGCAUGACAGGCAGGAGUCGAUUAACGUUGAGCCUCUAUUUUUGCUUCUGCGUACAACCAAGUGUUGCAUUCUGGCGAUGCGAU